ACCGCUUCCCAGGAACAAGCGGUAUCAAAUGAACCCUGACCGACGCAGAAACCACCAAAACCACUAACCUCCUCAGCCGUUUCCCUCUCCCCUUAUCCCUCACACAUAUAAGAAACACCCAACCACGCUCUCUCUCAAUAUCUCAAAUUCUCACACCCACACUUCCAAAUUAAACACCCUAACCUCACACCAACAACAACAACAACAGAAAAAAUCAUACAAGAAAAUUGUACAACACACCUAUAGCGUGAUGGCUAUGACCCGAAAGGAAAUGGAUCGGAUCAAGGGUCCAUGGAGCCCAGAGGAAGAUGAAGCGCUUCAGAAAUUGGUGGAGAGGCACGGACCGAGAAACUGGUCCUUGAUCAGUAAAUCGAUUCCGGGCCGAUCUGGGAAAUCGUGCAGGCUGCGGUGGUGCAACCAGCUCUCACCGCAGGUUGAGCACCGCGCCUUCACUCCGGAGGAGGAUGAUACCAUUAUCAGGGCGCACGCUCGGUUCGGGAAUAAGUGGGCCACCAUCGCUCGCUUACUUUCUGGCCGGACUGAUAACGCCAUCAAGAACCACUGGAACUCGACGCUUAAGCGGAAGUGCUCGUCUAUCUUCGCUGCAGACGAUCUCGCCGCCGGUGGUGGUGGUGGUGAUUUCUGUCCUCAGCCGCUCAAGCGAUCCGCUAGCGCCGGGUUACCGGGAAGUCCUGCCUGGUCUGACGUGAGUGAUUCUGGCUGUCACGUGGCGGUUUCACCCUCGCACGUGUUCCGUCCGGUGCCGGUUCGGCCGUAUGUUGAAACGGCGUCGUCGUGUGAGGAUGACGACGGACCUCCUACUUCGCUGUCGCUGUCUCUCCCCGGGGUGGACUCUGCUGAGGUGACGAAUCGAGCGGCGCCGGUGAUGGCUGCUCCGAUUUGUCCUGCGCCGGUAACGGUGGUGCCGGCUCAGGUGACGGCGGCGCAGGAGGGUGUGUUUGGUGCGGGUAAUUUCAGCUCGGAGUUGAUGGCGGUGAUGCAUGAGAUGAUAAGGAAGGAGGUGAGGAGUUACAUGGAGCAGCAGCAGAAUGGGGUGUGUUUUCAGGGUGUUGAUGGGUUCAGGAACGUGGCGGUGAAGCGAAUGGGGAUUAGCAGGGUUGAUUCUUAAUUAAGUGGAUUAGAGAACGUGAUUAGUGUUAAUUAAUCAAAAUGGGGUUUCCUAUGCAAGAUGGAAAAGCCUUUUUUCCCUUCUGUUUUAGGCAAUAAUUUUGGUGAUGUAUAGAGAGGGGAGAGAGAAAGAGAGAGAAGGGGAAAUUAAAUUAUUUUCCAUAGAAGCUGAUGAAAGAUAAUUAUGGCAAAUCUGAAGUUUCUCUCUUUGCUUUGUCCUGUUAUCCAGGUUUAGUUGGAGGAAAAUAUUAGAUCAGAAAAAAAGAAUGGAAGAAAAUGGAGUAGGAUAAGAACAACAUUGAAUAUCCUCAAAUUUUCAGUAUGAAGUUUAAUUUAUUUUCUUAUGUGUACAAGCAUAAAUGUAAAUACUUGUUUUAGCUCAAACCCAGAAUUAGGCAAAUAAUUUUAUGCGCACCAGCUUCAAAAGGCAAAUUGGUAACAA